GGAUGGGUCACUAGAGGGCUGUCGUGAGUCUUUGCUCUCUUCUACUACUGUACGACGCUUUCUGUGCCCGCCAGACUCGCGUCGGAGGAGCAUUUAUACCGCACGCACACGCCAGGCAACGCGAUGAGUUUCGACGUGAAGAAACUGAAAGUAAACGAGUUGAGGGACGAACUCCAGCGCCGCGGCCUGGAUGCUAAAGGCCUGAAGGCGGAUCUGGUGGAGCGGCUCAAGGCGGUGCUGGAAGAGGAAGCCCUGGCCGAGUCGCCGGGCGGCGCAGGAGACGAGGAGCAGGGCGACGAGGACUUCCCGGACGACGGCCCGGACGAUGGGGACGAAACGCAAGAGCAACAAGCAGAGUCCUUUGCUGAAGGCGACGGCGAUGCGAUGCUAGAGGAAGACGAAGGCAGAGAUUCGGGCGGCUACUACGAGGAAGAGGAGGCCGAGCCCGACGGAGAAUGCGAGCCGUACGAGAGUCAGCCGGCGUCAGAUUCUGGCCACAGCGUGCCAGACUUCAGUGCUGACGCUAGCCUUCACCAAACCGCCGCCAUUGCAGAGGCAGUCGUCAAACUUGAACCAGACGAGGAGGAAAAUGUUGCUGUCAAACAAGAAAUAAAAGAGGAGAUUAAAAUUGAGGACGCCCCAGAGGCGGCCGGCGACGCUGGGCGAGUGGCCUGCGGAGCAGAGCCGAAACGCGGACAAGAAGGCGGGAGUCUGGGAGAACAGAUGAAGGUGGAGUCUGAAAGAAGCGGACACCAUGGCCGAAAGCGACCUCAUGAAGAGAGCAGGGGCUACAACUACUAUGAGCAUCGUGAGGAGAAGAGGUCUCGCACACCACAGCCGCCCGCAGAAGACGAGGAAGAGAACAUUGAUGACACACUUGUUACUAUCGACACAUACAACUGCGAUUUACACUUCAAAGUGUCCCGGGAUCGCUACAGCGGCUACCCGCUGACUAUCGAAGGGUUCGCCUACUUGUGGGCGGGCGCACGGGCCACCCACGGGGUCACCUGUGGGCGCGUGUGCUACGAGAUGAAGAUUAAUGAGGAAAUUCCCGUCAAGCACCUUCCCAGUUCGGAACCGGACCCGCAUGUGGUCCGUAUCGGAUGGUCCCUCAACCACUGCAGCACACAGCUUGGAGAGGAGCCCUUUUCCUUCGGAUAUGGAGGAACUGGAAAGAAAUCGUCGGACUGUAAAUUCGCCAACUAUGGGGAGAAAUUUGGGGAAAAUGAUGUCAUCGGCUGUUACAUAGACUUUGACCAAGGUGAAGAAGUUGAGAUGGCAUACUCCAAGAAUGGUGUGGCGCUGGGUGUAGCAUUCAAGACCACCAAGGAGGCGUUGGCGGGCCGCGCGCUCUUUCCCCAUGUGCUGGUGAAGAACUGCGCUGUGGAGUUCAACUUUGGACAGAAGGAGCCUUACUUCCCCCCACCUGACGGCUUUACCUACAUCCACAGCGUGGGCCUGGAGGACAAGGUCAGAGGCACCAAAGGACCUGCUAGCAAAGGCGAAUGCGAGAUUCUGAUGAUGGUGGGCCUGCCCGCCUGUGGAAAGACCACCUGGGCUAUCAAGCACGCAGAGACCAACCCUGAGAAGAAGUUCAACAUCCUGGGCACCAAUGCAAUCAUGGAUAAGAUGAAGAUGAUGGGCCUGCGGCGCCAGAGGAACUACGCGGGUCGCUGGGACGUUCUGAUCCAACAGGCCACACAGUGUCUCAACCGGUUGAUUGAAAUCGCCGCACGCAAGAGACGCAACUACAUCCUGGACCAGACAAAUGUAUAUGGAUCAGCAAGGAGACGAAAAAUGCGUCCUUUUGAGGGUUUUCAACGCAAGGCUAUUGUAAUUUGUCCCACGGACGAGGAUUUUAAAGAGCGAACAUUAAAGCAAACCAAUGAGCAGGGGAAGGAUGUGCCCGAUCAUGCUGUGUUAGAAAUGAAAGCCAACUUCACCCUGCCGGAGGCGUGCGACUUCCUGGAGGCGGUCACCUAUGUCGAGCUGCAGCGCGACGACGCCGACAAGCUGCUGAAGCAGUACAAUGAUGAAGGGCGCAAGGCAGGCCCGCCGCCCGACAAGCGCUUCGACAACCGGCAGGGCGGAUUCCGCGGCCGCGGCAACUUCCCACGCUACGAUAGCCGCGACGCGCCCCGUGGCGGUGGAGGGGGCGGUUACCAGAACCGCAGUGGAGACGCCGGAGGAUACAGAGGCUACAAUCGCGGAGGAUAUGGUCAGAACCGCUGGGGGGGCAACAAUAACAGUGGCAGCAGCUACCGUGACGGUGGCUCCGACUCCCGCUCGGGAUACCGCAGCCAGUCGUCGGGAAGCAGCUACAACCGGCCAGCUCCUUACAACAAGGGGGGCUACAACCAGGGCUACGGCCAAAGCUACAACCAGGGCGGCUACAACCAGGGCGGUUACAACCAGAACUACUACGGGAACUACAGUCAAUACCCGGGCUAUAGCCAGAGCUACAGCCAGCCGGCCGCCCCUGCCCAGGCGUACGGCCACCACCAGGCCCCCACUCAGCAGCAUCAGGCCCCUCCGCAGCAGCAUCAGCACCCCCCUCAGCAGCAGCAGCAGCAGCAGCAGCAGAGCUACAACCAGCAGUAUCAGCAGUAUGCUCAGCAGUGGCAGCAGUACUACCAGAACCAGAGCCAGUGGAACCAGUAUUACAGCCAGUACGGCGGCUACCCUGGACAGGGCAGCCAAGGCUCAUCUUCCGGCUCCCAGUAGCUCCCCACCCCACCCGCUCUUCCUGUGUGCUGACCCCCUCCUAAUUCCUCACCGUUUUUUUUCUUUUUUUUUUCUUUUCUAAAUCAAUCUUAUGUUAAAGCGGUUGCGUGGUGAUAGAUGCUAGCAAGCCCCGUGCUAACCCUUGCUUUGUGUGGAUAAGAGGAAAGGCUCUUUGUAGCCUUAUACAAUGUAGACGUGGAGGGAGUGAACAAAAGCAUGCUUUUUACUUUGCAUUUUCUUUUUCAGUCAUGCAUAACAAAACCGCCGUUUUAGACGCUGUUGUAUUCAAGUGUUGACACUUUGAGUAGAGGCAUUUUGAUUUUUUUUUUUUUUAUCCUAUUGUCAUUGCUGUAGUUUAAAUCCCAUUUUGUCUCCAAAAUGAUUUUCUACCAGUGUGAAAAAGCUGAUCAUUGUCUUGUCUUUAUACAAUAAAAGCAGUUGUUCACACUUAGAUGCAACUU